AUGUGGGCGUUUGACCACACGAAUCUCGUCUCUUCAACAGCUUCGACACGAGGGUCACACGCCAAGUACCGUGGACAACGGGGCAAGCUAGAGAAGGCCCAAUUCACAGUCGAGAACUGUCGUGCACAUUUCCACUGGUGGAAAGAGCUAACGAGGCGGGCGAGGAAGAACCGCAUGAUGGACCGAACGGGGCAGGUCGGUUGA